AUGGGAUCACAGUUCAUCGCACCACCCGGUUGGAGGCAACUCGAUGUUGCUGUAAUUGGCGGAGGUAUCGGGGGACUAUCCGUGGCCAUUGCCCUGCGCCGUGCGGGCCACAAGGUCACCAUCUACGAGCGAGCAGACUUUGCUGGCGAGAAGGGUGCCUCAGUAUCAUGUGCAGCCAACGGCACAAGAUGGCUAGAAGAAUGGGGCGUUGAUGUCCAGAGGGGCGACCCCGUGUUGCUAAAGAAGCUCAUCAGCCGCGACUGGUACAGCGGUGAACCUUAUAGUGUCUACGACUUGAAGGAUUACAAGGAGCGCUGGGGUUACGUAUACUGGAUGUUUCACCGUCAGUACAUGCACGCUAUGCUCAAAGACACUGCUCUGCAAGAAGAAGGCGAGGGCGUGCCGGCCAAGUUGGUUGUCAACCACAAGGCCAAGAAUAUCGAUCUGGAGAGUGGGAAAAUAGAGUUCGAGAAUGGAGUCACGAUAACAGCCGAUCUCGUCGUUGGUGCAGACGGUAUCGGGUCCGCAGUUCGUGGUAUCAUUGGCAUCCACCCUGAGAAGCGUCCUGGGCCCGCCAGCUGCUUACACGCCAACGUUAUGACCGAAGACGCUGUUCGGCUAGGGUUGACCGACUAUUCCCAAGAUAGUGCACUCGAGUACUGGGGUGGCCAGGAGGGUAAAUUUGACAAGAUCGUCCUCUCUCCUUGCAACGGCGGCAAGCUGCUAUCAUACUACUGCUUCUUCCCCCGUGAGAAGGGCGACUACACAUCACAAGCCUGGGGCGCAGAGGACCUCCCCGUCGAGGAUCUCUUGGCACCUUUUCCUGAGCUGGACAGACGCGUCCGUGAGCACCUCGCCAUUGGUAUCGAAGUGCAGCCCUGGCGCCUCUGGGUCCACGACCCUUACCCAUAUAUGAACAAGAACCGUGUGGCCAUUCUCGGCGAUGCUGCCCACCCAAUGAUGCCUCAUCAGAGCCAAGGAGCUUGCAUGGCUAUCGAGGAUGCCGCAGCGUUAGGCAUCCUGUUCAACAAGACAUACUUCAGCGGCGACGUCGCCGAGACCCUUAGAGUGUAUACCGACGUUCGUCUGCCCCGCGUUUCCAAGGUUCAGGCCUCUGCCGCCAAGGCUGCAUAUAACAUCAACGAGCGCAUCGGCUUCUCCAGCAACACGGACGUUGAUGGCUACAAGGUGGAAGACGAGAGUAAGAAGCUAACUAUUGAGGAGAUGAACGGAUAUGACAUGUACAUGGAUAUUGAGGAAAAGAUCGCUGGGAGGGAUGGCAAACCCUUCAAUCAAAAGUUCAUUAACGGUCUGCCGGUAGGGCUGAAGUUAUCGAAUGGUGUCACUGUCAGCUAA